AUGAGGUCAUUUUUUCCGUAUGAUGGUGUAAAUGACAACACAUCCAUUUUACGCAGUGUGUUGAUAUUUUAAUGAAACGUUCAAUAUCAUGGCUGAAUCUGAUGUUUUGACAACGCUAAAAAUUCUUAUAAUUGGAGAAAGUGGCGUUGGAAAGUCCAGUCUUCUUCUGCGUUUCACAGAUGAUACUUUUGACCCAGAGCAGGCUGCCACAAUAGGUGUUGAUUUCAAAGUGAAAACACUUACAGUUGAUGGGAACAAAACGAAACUCGCCAUAUGGGACACUGCAGGUCAAGAGAGGUUCAGGACUCUGACUCCCAGUUACUAUAGAGGGGCACAAGGGGUCAUACUAGUGUAUGAUGUAUGUAGUAAAAGCUCGUUCAGCAAACUUGAGGUCUGGCUAAAUGAACUGGAGACAUUCUCAACAAAACACGAUCUCAUCAAAAUGCUGGUUGGAAACAAAAUUGACCAGGCCAGACGGGAGGUGAGUAAAGAGGAUGGAUUGAAGUUUGCUAGGAAGCACCAGAUGUUGUUCAUUGAGGCCAGUGCGAAAACUAAAGAAGGGGUGCAGUGUGCCUUCGAGGAGCUAGUGGAAAAAAUAAUACAAACACCUGGCCUAUGGGAGACAGACACUAAAAAAGGUGGUGUGGAUUUCUAUAAAGGCGGAACUCAAGGGGGUGGGGCAUGUGGUGGAUAUUGCGUAAUAGGAUGAUCUGUGUCAGUGGAUGUUUGCCAAACUGAGGACAAGCUGUUGUGAGAAACUUCUUAAGAAGAUUGUGCAUGAAUCUUUGCAUAUGUGGUAGAUAUAAUAAACUGAUUACGCUGGUUUUCAGUCAAAUUUUAAUGGAAGUAAUAAAGAGAAUGUUUGUGAAUUGAAAAUAUAUAAAGCUGCACAGAAAAUAUUUGAUAGGGGAAAAAUCAAGUUUACCAGUAUUUUGACCCUAAAAACCCCAUACAUAUUACAUAAAAAAGAUGAAAUUAAACAGAAAUUAUUCUGCAUGAACAAACAUUACUGGACUGGUUAUUAUUUUAUUCUUCACUGUAUAUGAUAUGUACAAAACAAAGAGUUAAGCAUCCAUCAUUUCACAUCAAAUGAUAUGUACAGAAUCAACAUUUAAGGUCAUUCAAGGCAUUGAAAACACUUCAUGUAAUAUGCUGUGAUUGUGUAUUAAACCAAUUUCUGUCUAAUGAAGGACUUCAGACUUGGUAAUAAUAAUCCAGUUUGGAAAAAAAAGUUAUGUACAGUUUACAUGCUUAUGGCUGUUCUGAGUCCAAUGUACGGUAGACCUUUAUGAUUAUAACAGUUCAGAUUAUCUUUCAAGAUAUAGGUUGAGUAAAAAAAUAAGUUUUGUUUGUAUAUGAAAUGCCUCAAAAUUUCAAAAGCUAUUAGUGAAUCCAUUUUACAGUUUACACUUUGUAUUACUUUUUUUAAAUUGUAAACUUCUCUGAAUAACACAACAGUAAAUUUAAAUUUAUAUGUGGACGCUUUAUUGUCUUGUUGUUUAAGUGUUGUUUCAGUGCUCAACCUAAGAUUUGAAAAAGGCAAGGUUCUAUUUUGUCAAAAAGAACUUCAGAGUUCUUAGUCUUAUUAUCCCUCUGGCUUAUUUUCAAUACAUACAUGUAGCAUAUGUUAUGUUUAUAUUAGCCUUGUUCAGGGAAAACAGGGCUAAAUUAAUGUGCUUAAUGUGUGGUCUCAGAUCAGCCUAUGAAGUCUACACAGGCUAAUCUGAUACAACAAAUUGCACUUGUAUGGUAUUUUCUUUUAAAGGCAGCUUAGCCUUUUCUUAGGGAAAAUUCUGUUUAAGCAGAAAGGGUAGUCCCUGAUUAGCCAGUGUCGACUGCAUCGACUUAUCUGGGAUGUCACUUUUGGCACAUUCAUUAGCCCUGUUUUCGCAGAGAACGACUCGUACAUGUAGCAUGUGUUAUUUAUAUGUAUGGUUAUUUCAUAUUACAUGUAUUUUUAUUUCAAAUAUUGUUUCUGUAAAUAAUAAAACUAGUGGAAAUGUAAUGAAGCUGCAAAUGCAAUAUCUGUCUAAUAAUGUGAUCAGGUAAAAAGAUGAUGGGGUGGGUUGGGGCAGGAUGGGACUUAGGGGAGGCAGGGUUCUGCAAUCUGCCAUCACUGUCUAGGUGGAGAACUUUUAAAAGGUGGAUGGUAUAGUUGUGUGUCAAUAAUAGAUGUGUAUAACAUGAACUUGAAGUUAUAGAGCUAUUGUUUUGACUUCUUAAGGUCCAUUGUUUACUGAAUAAUAAUCUAGAAUUUUCAAUUUUUUUAUUAUGAUGUUCACAUUUUGAUUUUCAUUAAUAUUGUAAGUGGUUGUUCUCUGAUUAAAUCAUUUUGCAUUUCAAGUUUUAAUUUGUUCGCCAAUAUUUUUUCCAGUGAGUUUCAAAGAGAAUGAUUUAUAGCCUGACCAAUAGUUAUCAAAUUCAUCUGUUUUAUUUAGUGUAAAAUCACUGGCAAUUUUACAUUUGCUAGUAUACAUUUUGUACGUGUUUAAUGUUCACAUAUAUUUCCUGAAUUUACAGAGCUCUUGAUUAGGAUUGAGGAAAUUAAUCGCUCUUUAUAAUAUAUAUAGAGAGAGAAAGAGAGGCAUAUACAUUAUAUAGAGAGAAAGAGAGGCAUACACAUGUGUGCUAUUGUAUAGAUAUAUAGAGAGAAAGAGAGGCAUAUACAUGUAUGCUAUUGUAUAGAUAUAUAGAGAGAAAGAGAGACAUAUACAUGUGUGCUAUUGUAUAGAUUUUGUUUAAUAUUGUUAAUAUUAGAAUGUACCAUAAUAGACUAUAUAUAUUAUAUUUUUAACCAGGUUUUCUAAAGGUAAAAACUGGUUAUUAGAUUGGCGAAUGUCGGCGGGCUGGCGGGCGGAACAAGCUUGUCAGGGCCAUAACUUUGUCGUUCAUCGUUAGAUUUUAAAAUCAUUUGGCAAAUUUGUUCACCAUCAUGGGACGGUGUGUCACGCAAAAGAAUUACAUCAAUAUCUGGAAGGUCAAGGUCACACUUUUCAAAGAUAAUAAAUGGCCAUAAAUAAGCUUGUCUGGGCAAUAACUAUGUCAUUCAUUGUGAGAUUUUAAAAUCAUUUGGCACAUUUGUUCACCAUUAUUGGACGGUGUGUCGUGCGAAAGAAUUACGUCAAUAACUCCAAGGUCAAGGUCACACUUUGAGUUCAAAGGUCAAAAAUGGCCAUAAAUGAGCUUGUCUGGGCCAUAACUAUGUCAUUUAUUGUGAGAUUUUAAAAAUUUGGUACAUUUGUUCACAAUCAUUGGACGAUGUGUCAUGCAAAAGAAUUAUGUCGAUAACUCCAAGGUCUAGGUCACACUUGGAGUUCAAAAGUAAAAAAAUUGCCAUAAAUUUUGACGGCAUGUCAUGUGAAAGAAUUCAAGAGUUCAAAGAUCGAAAUGGCCAUAAUGAUAAUGGCAUUAUAAUUCUUAAAAAUCGCAAUAAAUUUGAUUCUUUUGUUUUGUGAAGACAGAAUGCAGAAUAGUCUGUGUCAUUGCGGCACGUGGGGGUAUACGUCACGUUUGUGACAAAGCUCUAGUUGGACAGUGUGUCGCGCGAAAGAAUUACGUCAACAUCUCCAAGGUCAAGGACGCCACAACUAAAAAUAGAUUUUGAAACAACUAUGUAACUAUGAACAAUCAGUAACAAUGCACAUUUUGAUUUUGAGUUGUCUCUCUUUAUCAGACUUUUUAUUCCCCCGAUAGGGUGGCAUAUAGCAGUUGAACUGUCCGUCAGUAUGUCAGUUUGUGUGUAUGUCAGUCUGUUCGUCCGUCCGAAAGAAACACUUUAACAUUGGCCAUAACUUUUGCAUUAUUGAAGAUAGAAACUUGAUAUUUGGCAUGCAUGUGUAUCUCAUGAAGCUUCACAUUUUGAGUGAUGGAAGGUCAAGGUCAUCCUUCAAGGUCAAAGGUCACCAAAAAUAAAAACAUUUUCAAAGCGGCGUUCUCAUGAAGCUGCACAUUUUGGAUGAUGGAAGUUCAAGGUCAAGGUCAUCCUUCAAGGUCAAAGGUCAAAACAAAACAAACAAAAAUUUUAUUAUUUCAAAGGGGCUCAAUAGGGGGCAUUGUGUUUCUGACGAACACAUCUCUUUUUUUUCUAAUUGAAAUAAUGGUCAAUUUUACACAAGGGGGUUAACAAUACACAUUUUAAAUUGUCUCCCUUUAUCAGACUUUUUUCAACUGAAAACCUGGUUUUGUGACAAUUUUGUCCCUUGUUAAUUAAAUAAAAAGCUUUGUUUCAUCUUACUGUAGAUACUGUAAAGAAAAGUUAUUGUCUUAAACUUGCCAUUACUAAAUCACCUAAGAUAUGGCAGGUAAUGAUCUAUAGCCCUGCCUUGCAAUUAGCAAGUUCUCAAGUACAAUACUGAACACUGCUCUUUUACACAGCUCACUAUUGAGACAAUGCUGGCUUAAUUUUGGAUAUUUCCCAACAGAGAAAAAACAGUUCCAUUCUGCCUCUUGCAAAAAUGUCCAUUAGUGGGAUAAUAUUAUGUUUAUUGGAAAUUUGGUAUGCAGAAUAAGCGAAAGGUUGUGCAUAAUGGACUUUUUGUGCAUUGUAAUUGAUAUGCACAAUAGAUUAAAUGUCAGUAUGUAUUUACCAUUUUAUUUGCAUAGUUACGCCCUUAUCAAGAGAUUACUUGAUGUAAUUAUAAAAUAAUAGAAAGAUAACAUGCUCUUUCUUUGUUAACUUAAUUAUGUUAACUUAAUCAAUGUUUAAUUUGAAGCUUUGCAAUGCUCUUGAUUGUAAAUUAAUUUUAAAUAGUAUGUAGUUAAUGUCAAUAUGGAUCUUAACUGGUGUAAAUAGUAGAAUUAGACAGCUUUGUAGCCAACUGUGUUGUUAAAGGAAAUAGUCUUGGCUCUGGCUGACAUGAAGCAUACUUAGUGUUGUUCAUUGUUAUCCUUUUUUGUGAUUUCAUGAAAUCGUGUUACACUUACUAGCUGUGUACUUAUGAAUGCUGCCAAUGAAUACUGCUUAGGAGCAUUUAUGUUUGUUAGAGUAAGUUAGUACAUGUUAAGUAAGAAAAUAUUGAAUCCUGUGUGCAUUUUAAUUUCAUAUAAAAAACACAAAACAUCCAUAUGAGACAAAAUAUAUAUAUAAAUAUAUAACUAUUUUAAGGCAAUGGGUUAAUAAAACAAUUAAUUGCCAUUAUAUUUGGUUGUUAAAUAAAUGAAUAUUCAGUAAUAAAAGUAGAGAAAAGUUAAUAUAUUUGUUUUAUAUAUGUAAAAAUUAGGGGAAAAGGUGUGAAUAGUAUUAGGUAUCUAGAAGAUAUUUUUGAACUGAUGAUUAAAAGAAGGGCAAGAAAUGCAUUCAUUUCAUUUGGAUUACAUUCUUGAGGAAAUAUCGCAAAGAAAAUGAUAAAUGAUAUGUUGUUUGUAAAGUCUUAACAUGUUGGCACUAUUUAACAGUUAUGAUACAUUUUAAUAUGAAGUAACGAUGUUGUAAAACUAAGAUCUAUAUGUUGGCACUUGUAAUAACGAUUUGAAUAGUAUGUAUAAUGUAAUGUUUGUUGCUGAGACAACAAAAGUAUGAUAUUUAUUUUUGUCAUCUUAUUUGUAACUAUACAUAUAUUGGUGAUGAAUAUGUUAUGCUUAUGAGAAUGAUUUGUUAAUGCAAUAAAAGUCAUACAUUUA